ACUCUUGAGUAAUUUCUUGGCUGACUGCUUUUUACUUUUACUUGAGUAAAAGUAUGUGUGAUUCUGGUUGUGUGUUACCUUCAAGGAACCUUAAGAGGUAUUAUCCUGGAGGUUGUUUUAAAGUUAUACCAGGGAAGUCCCUGAAUGUUAGAUCAUCUUUAACCUUAGCAGAACUUCAAGGGGAUGUUUCCAAGAUGUCAAUCUAGACUGGGCGACCUUUAGAGCGCCUUCCGGUAGUUUGAAGGUCCCAGCAGUGACUAGGUUCACCGGAACAGGUGUAAAAGGAUAUCUUAAAGAGAUAGCAACGCAAUUACAUCAUUGUUUUUAUUUCUACCUCGCACUGGCAUUAAUAGACGCCCUUUGCGCAGCGGCCUGUGAUUGGCUGCCCGGGCGUGUCCUCCUCCCCAUUGGCCCACGCAGGUGUCCGUCAGAUGGGUUUGCGUGUGGAUCUGAAGGCAUCCGCUCUGCUGCGACUGUCAGCAAAACUGCAGCCUGAAUGAACCGCAUCAUGCGAAGAAGCUGGAAGCACUGAAGUUUGGCCAUUUGUGGAAAACCUGUGCUGCCAGUCAGAAAUGACGGGAGCAGAUAAUGGGGACAAACAGCCAGAGGAGCGCCUUCAAAACUGAGGUUGAUGUCAACACUCCUGCUCAAUGUGACGACGACAGCGCGAUCCCCGUCGUUUCGGUCAAAGGCCUCAAAGAAAACUGGCAGAAGUGGUCCAGUGAGCACCAGGAGUACCAGAAGCUCAACCCCUUCAGUCAUGACACCAGGCAGAGGGUGGUGGCCCCUCAGAGGGGACAGGAGGAUUACGGGAGACCUCAGCAGGGGUCUCUGACUGAGAAACGUGGGAAGGAGGCUCACACUCACAUCAGCAGAGAGGUCCAGAAACUGUGUGAGGUGAUAAGGAACAUUGGGGAAGAGAAAGAGAGGGAUGUGGACGAACAUGACAGCCACCGAAAAGUGAUCACGGUUGAAUUUGGGAAACUUUUUGAGCAUUAUGUGACGAUCUCGAAUACCCUAGUGGGGAUUCUUCUACGGGCCAGAAAACAGGGACUGGUGGACUUCAAAGGGGAGAUGCUGUGGCAAGGAAAGGAUGAUAACGUAGUCAUCACUUUGUUGGAAUAACCAGAUAUUUGGAUCUGUGUGGAUGCCUUGACUAUUGCAACUACACACUGUAGAGAACAAGUGAAAAAAAUCAAGUGAUCCUCCCUCCACCACCACGCUUGACAGCCGGUAUGAAGCACUAUUCCCAGAUUUGUAUUAAGAAAUUGUCUCAUAAAAUAUUCUUUCCUUCACCCAGCCACAAACAACCAGGCUUACGUUACAUCUAAAAUAGUACAACUAGCUUCAAAAGGAGGAAACCUACAAUAUUUUUUUUUAUUCUAAAAGAAACUGGACAUACAAUGUGCAUGAGAAACCAGACUGAAAAAGCUCCCACUCAAUUCAAUUUAAUUAAAUUCAAUUUUAAGAAAGAAAAAAACAGUAUACCCGUUCACAAUCUGGUGAUCUUCCAAAACUUCCAAAACAAGCGUUCCCAAAUGUUCCCUAAACACCCUUAUUACAGGAUAUCAGCUGACAAUAAUGAAGGACGACACUUUGUAAAGUUUUUGGGGGGCACGAAAAGUACAGCUUGAAGCUAUAAUUUGAAAUAACUUUUCCAAAUGUCAGUUUCUCACAUUGUUCAGGAGUGAUUUUGUCCCACCACAGCAAUCCAGUCUAAUUGGGUCGGGACUUUGACUGGGCCGUUGCAACACCUUGAUUCUCUUCAACUUCCAGCUGUCAGGGAAAUGUUCUCACAUUUGACUCUAGAAUACUUUGGUAUAAAAGGGAAUUCAUGGUCAACCUGAUGAUGACCAGGUGUACUGGCCGUCAAAACUCAUCACCCAUCCACCCACCGCAAUGCUUGUCAGCUGCUGUGAGCAAGUGAUUCCUUUCUAAAAGCAGCAGGAUUAACUGUUUUUCCCAUAACUACAUUUGUUUAAGGUUUUUCACCAGCAUUUGCUCUGCCUUUGGUUAAUAAAAAAAAAACAUGUUUUGUUCAAUGAUUAAAUCUUCAAGAUGCUGCUUGUUGCUGCGAGUAAUGUGAAAGAGGAACAUACAGACCAUCUGCUGCGUUAAAGUCUGCUUCUUUUUGUUGCACAUUUACAGCAGAUGAAUGAGCAGCUAAAGUCAGAGGCGUAGACGGGACUGAACCGACGCCAAAGGGAACACAAAGCCGGCCUGUGACAGACAAUAUGGUGCUAUAGGAUGAACCUGAUCCGACUUGGCUGGGUGCCUCACACUAUGUAUUUAUUACACAGCUACUUCGUAGUUACGCCGUCGUGACAAUUAAGUUGGUCUGUAUCUGUACCACACUAAGAUGUAAAGUGAAAUAAAAUUGCUUUGAACGUG